UUAAUCAAACUGAGCGUUAUCAGUUAAACACGGGUAUAUGUAGAACAGAAAUGUUUACUUAGAUCGCCGUAUCCAAAGACAUUUUGACUUUACUCUGGUUCAAGCGAGCUGAAAAAAAUAUAUCAGGUCUUUCAUGGGCGUGUGCUGAAUGAGGGCUUUGCCAAGAUGGCCGCAAUGUCAUCAAAAUCUGUACGCUGGUUCGCCUGUUUGGUUGUUUUUGGUUUCACUGUUCAUACAGGGUAUAGUCAAAACAUUAAAGUGGAGUACUUUUCAUCAGCGACAUUACCAUGUGAUAACAAAGACCUAAACUUUACAAUGAACCCUAGCAAGCAGACGGGGGUGGUCAGUAAGUACUGGAUCCUCCCCACCGGAAGUCUAGUUGACAAUACCUCAACAUCGGACAUGGUGGCGAGCAAUGUGUACCGAUGGACUGUAUCCGAAAUUUUCACCAAUUUUAAUCUGACAAUAAACAGGGUAAAUGAUGAUGAUUUUGGGAUGUACAUUUGUGUUGUCGUUUAUAGCAAUAGCAGUAUUGAGAUCGUACGUCGAGGACUGAACUUGGACGGGGCAGACUUCAGUAAACUUGAGGAGAAGUACAAAGAGAACGCCAUUAUUGGAGGUAUCGCCGCCGCCUGUCUAUUUGUGGUUUUCUCAGCGUCCUGUGUAAUAUGGCAAUGUCGGUAUAGUUCGCGCGAAAAAAGAACCCAGAAGGAGGGGGUAGAGAAAGGUGACCCGGCAGAGAAAGCAUUCGAUAAUUCUGCCAUAGAAGUCGAAGAAACAAAUCAUCUGUGAUCAUAUCAAUACAAGAGAUAAUUAAAAAAAAAACGCGCAUAAUCAGAAAUUAGUGGAAAUUAUGUGUAUAUUUUUCUUGACCAAUCAGAUUGUACUUACUGUGUACUUAGGGAGUACGCUAGCUUUAGAACUGUAGCUUUAUGAUUUUAUAUUUUAGACGUUAUGGUCAAAGUCUAAAAUAUAAAACCAUAACACUACAAUUCUGCAGCUAGGAGUACGCUUAAUAUUGUUACAUGUACAUGCAAAAACGCUAACAGACCGCUGAUGAGAAAUUCUUAUAAUGGUUAGAUGAUAUUAUUCAGAAAUCAGUGUAUUAUUGGUCAUUUCCAAUACCUGAUCAAGUUUUUAUUUAAUUCUAUUUCUAACAUAUAUUUAUCAAUGCUUUACACCUAUAUAGUGUGUAACUUUAUGCCUACGCAUUAAUGAGUCCCUAUCGUAACUGCAAAAAUGAAGUUCACGCAUUAAUUAAUAGACCAGAGACAAUAUUUGAGAUACAUUAGUCGGAUAAAAAUGAAUUUUUACAACACUGUUACUAGAUGUAUUGAUAUAUAGUACGUAUUGAUUGCAAGUAAAAGAUGUACAGUA